AAAAAAUUGUGGCUACUGCAUUUAAUUAAAGAGUAGUUGUGUGUGUAGGCAAUAAAAGUGAAAAUUCUACAAAGCAGCGUACAAAAAUGGCAAAGUGGGUUUUUUUUACGUUUGCUGUCUGCAAAAGCUUAAGCUAACUUAACUAGAGAUAAGCGAGCGAACAUAGACACGCACACAGAUAUAUACAUACGUACACAGUCAUCUACAUAGCACGGCGGGUGCGCGUGUGUGUGUGCUUGUUUAUGACUCACGGCUGGCCCUGCGAGUGUGACUGUCGAGUGAGUUGUGUUAGUGCGAGUGAGAGGGCGCUAGAGCGCUACCUACGGCAACAAAACAACAAAACACGCUUCAAUAGAAUUUCCCAAGCAUUUUAAACAAAAUUCCACCAUUGCAGAAAACAAAGAACAUAGAGAUUAAGAUUAAGUGAAAGAGAGAGAGAGAGAUAGAGAAAAUAUAAACAUGAGUUUUGCCAAGUGGUUCAAGAAGAAGGAGCAAAUCUCCGAGAUUGGUGCCCCUACAAAUUUCCAGAGGCAUUUUCAUGUCUCACGCAAUCAGGAGACAGGCGAUCUGGAGGGUCUGCCCACGCCAUGGGUGCGCCUGAUGAACACACAAAUUACACGCGAUGAACAGGACAAAAAUCCAGAUGCCGCUUACCACGCGGUCAAAUAUUACAAUUACUCAAUCAAAAAGAAAGAGCAGGAGGUGUUCAAGCCGUUCAUAACCGAGGAUGUUAUACACGAGGAGUCCAAAGAGAUUGAUAACUAUGUCAAUUACAAGAACAAACACAAAUCGCAAGAUAUCGAUAAAUCCGAUGACGAUGGCAGCGGCAGCUCAACGGCUACCGAGAGUAGCAGCAGCGGCUGUGGCAGUUCCGCCGCGAACAGCAACAGCAGCAGCCUAAACGACAGUAGUCAACAGUCAGUCAUUCCGCUGGAUGCACUCAAUGAAGUGAUCAAAGAGCUGGAAUCGAAUUUGGGCCGUGAAACGCUCAAGCCGAUUAAACCGCAUAGCGGACUGGAGCCACCACCUGUGCCUCCCAAAAAAUCGCCACAUCAAUUGCCGCCCAAGCCACAAAUCAAACCCAAACCUGCGAGCAUUAUACAAAACAAACUAUCACGUGAUCUGCGUGGCCAUGAUGGAGAGCUGCAGAAGAUCAACACAGAUACCAUUAUCAUCAAGCCCGCGCCUCCAGGCAGUGGCAGCCAAGAGGGUAGCAUCGAUGCCGAUGCGCCGGAGGAAACAAUUUUGCGUCGCUCCAAGGAGAAAAGAUCACAGAAAACAGAUGCAGAGAUCUAUGAUGAGCUGCGAGCCAUAUGCAAUCCAGAAGAUCCGCGUGAGCGUUACAAAACUAGCCAGGAGGUGGGCAAAGGUGCAUCGGGUAUUGUGUUUAUAGCUGGCGAUAAGCAAACGGAAUCCCAGGUGGCAAUCAAAACAAUUGAAAUGAAAAAUCAAUCCUCCAAGGAUCUCAUAUUAACCGAAAUACGUGUGCUCAAGGAUUUCAAUCACAAGAAUCUGGUUAAUUUCCUCGACGCAUAUCUGCUCGAGCCCGAGGAUCAGCUCUGGGUGGUCAUGGAGUAUAUGGAUGGUGGUCCAUUAACAGAUGUUGUCACCGAAACCGUGAUGAAGGAGCGUCAAAUUGCGUGCGUCUGCCGUGAGGUCCUCUAUGCGAUUAGCUUUCUGCAUGCGAAAGGGAUCAUACAUCGAGACAUCAAAUCAGAUAACGUGUUGCUCGGUAUGGAUGGCUGUGUAAAGGUAACAGACUUUGGCUUUUGUGCCAACAUCGAAGGCGAUGAGAAACGUCAGACCAUGGUGGGCACACCCUACUGGAUGGCCCCUGAGGUGGUGACACGCAAAAAGUAUGGGAAAAAGGUGGACAUCUGGUCGAUUGGCAUUAUGGCCAUCGAAAUGAUUGAUGGUCAGCCGCCGUAUCUGUAUGAGACGCCGCUACGUGCACUCUAUCUAAUUGCGGCCAAUGGACGACCAGAAAUCAAGAGCUGGAGCAAGCUGAGUCCCAACUUGCAGGAUUUCCUCAAUCGUUGCCUGCAGGUCGAUGUCGAUUGCCGGGCCACAGCCGAUGAGCUGCUCAAGCAUCCAUUCCUCGAUGAUUGCAGCGAGGUGAAGGCUCUGGUGCCCAACAUUAAGGCUGCCAAGAAAGUGCUCCGUCGCAAUGUAUAGUUAAUGUGCCAACAGCAUCAUCGAGCUGGCCAAUUGCUCUUUGCGUGAUGUGACCCACUCUACCAAUACAAUCGUCCUGUAUAUCCGUAUAUUCGUAUAUCCUGUUUGAACCCCACUCUCCACCUCAUUUGGUAGACGUUCUUCUAAAUCUGUGUAAAUUUCGACAAACAAAACAAAACUGGAACAAAAUGCUGAUUAGUCUUUCAUGUAGUCAACAACAGGAACAACAACAACAACCGUAUAAAAUCACGAUAUCUCUAUCUAUAUAUACAAAUUUGCAUGUAUAUCAAUCAGUUCGCCUGUCGAUCAGUCCAACUGACGCACGCAUUGCACAUCGCUGGACGAUAAUAACGUUAAUUGCACAAGGCCAAUGGGACAGCGCUAAUCACGACGAGCCGGGCAAAACGCAGAAAGUGCAAAGCAGUGACGUCACAGCAACAGAUGAAAAAGCAGCUAACGAUGUUUGGUAUUGAUGUAGAUUAGGACCUUAACAGUUGUUGUACUGUUUUUUAGUCUGCUUACUAUAUUUUAUUUUGCCGGAGACAUAUGAUAUACAUACAUACAAUUAUAAA